AAAAGAACAACACAGAACAAAUCUGAGCCCUUAAUUUAAAUGAACACGUGUACGUAGGAGAUUAAAUAGACAUUAAUGAAAAAGAAAAACAGUUGAGAAUUACCGUUGUUUCUCUCUCUAAACCCUCGCACGACUCUCUCUGCUCCGUCACUCUCUCCGCUCAGCGACUCUCUCAGCACUGCCUCAGCACCUCUCACCGCCUCUCUCUCACCGCCUCUCUCUUGCCGCCUCAUCACCGUCUCUGCGCCGCCUCGCUCCGCUCCAUUUUUCUGAGCUCACCGCCUCUCUCCGCUUCAUUUUUCUCUCUCAGCACCUCUCUCCCCUUCAAUUUUCUCUAUAUAAGAUGCAUCGACAUAUAGGUACACAAUCUAAAAUAAAAUUGAGAUCAAGCAGCAGAAGUCAAAGAAGCAGUAAAAGAAAUAUUGUUAGACGGACUGAGAAAUUAACCACAUUUCAAUUUGAUCGAUAUGCCAGUGAGGUGUGGGAUAAAAUUGCUGUCUCGUGCGGUUUUAAUUGCUCUGUUGUGGACUCAAUCUGGUAUAGUAUUUUUUGUGGAGGAGAUAAAUAUAAAGAAAAAGUUGUUCGUUGGAUGCUGAAAAAUGACAGAUUGGAAAACAGAUACAUCUUUGUUCCAAUUUGUAAAUCGAACCACUGGACUUUGUUAAUCCUCUGCAAUUUGGGAGAGGAUUUCAAUUCAGAAUCCAAGAGUCCUUGUAUGUUGUUCUUGGACUCUCUGCGAAUAAGAGAGGAAAACAUGGAACCAGAAAUUAGAAGAUUCGUUUCUGCAUUGUAUAAAAAAUGGAAGCCAGAAUUGAAUGAUGAUGAUAUAGCAAAUAUUCCAUUCAAAUGUCCUAAAGUUUCACAACAGAAGGAUGGAAUUCAAUGUGGCUAUUAUGUUCUGUACUACAUGUAUCGUUUCUUGAUGGAUAGUCCAAUAUGGUUUAAUAUCCAUAAGGAUUAUCCCGGAUUUCUAAGCAAGUACUGGUUCAAGGAAGAUGAAUAUAAGUUAUUCUAUGAGAAUAACUUUAACAUUUUCAAAGCCUCUGGAUCAGAAAAUAAGGAUGAUUCUGCAGUUCAAAUAAAGGAUGAAGAUAAGGAAGAUUCUGAAGUUCAAAUCAUCCAUGUUGAAGAUAAAGUUGAGUUGGAAGCACAUGAUGAAGUCAUUAAACUUCAUACCCCUGCUUCAUCAUCAAAAAAGAGAAAAGAGCUUGAAAAACCAGAUGGACAACAACAAUCUCCUAUUACGGAGCAAGUACGUCCACGUAAAUCUCCAAGACGUACCAAACAAAAAAUGGAAGAAGAUGACGGACAAGAACAAUCUCCUAUUCAGCAACAGACAGUAGCAAGAGUUGAAAAACUUGAAAGUCCAUGUGAUUCUGUUAUGGAGCAAGUUCGUCAACGUAAAUCUGCAAGACGUACCAAACAGAAAAUGGAAGAAGAUGAUCGAAGGAGGAUGACAAGAGGCCAAAAGAGGAAAAUUGAAUCGCAGGCAAACAAAAAACGAGUCCAAUGCAAAAAAAAUCAAGUGAAAAGAAAUAAGCCUAACAAGAAAGAAAAGAGAAAGCUGCCUGAUGAAAGUGAUAACUCAUUGGAGGAUGAAACAGAUGGAGAAGAUGAACCUGGAAAUUUAAUUCCAAAGAAGAUAAAAAUAAGAGCUCGUGCAAGCACAUUCUCCAAAGUUAUAAGUCAACUUUCAAAAGCUCAAAAGGAAUGGAUUCAAAAUGCGGGAUUUGGUGAUUUACUGCUAUUUUGUAUGAAUAAAAUUCCAAAAAAAAUGGCAGUAAAUGUUCUUUGGUAUUACGACCCUUAUGAAAAUGUGCUACAUCUCAAGGGACCCCAAGUAAUUAGAAUAAAGGAGGACGAUGUACAUGAUGUUCUAGGGUUUCCAAAAGGCAACAGGGAUGUUGUAUUUGCUGCUGAUAAAGAAAAGUUGGAUGCGUGGAGAUCACAAUUUCCAGAGAAAAUAGCUCCACAUAAAGUGACAGAGAAGAUGGUGUUCUCUGCUAUGAAAAAAAACCAGGGAUGCUGA